GUGAAGAGUGAGUGUUCACAUGUUGUGAAAUAUUUAAUGUAACAAAAUGUGAUAUUUUGGCUACUUAACACUUUUGAUUGCUCAACUUGCGUUUCAAACCUUGAAGAAGACCUGUUGAGGUUCCCAUUGAAGUCAUGCCUCCAACAACAUCUCUGAAGUUGGCGCAACUCCAGGGUCAUCCUGAGAACAUUAGAAACAUCUGCAUUUUGGCUCAUGUAGACCAUGGGAAGACAACCCUGGCAGAUGCUCUUGUGGCCAGCAAUGGCAUCAUCUCUCAAAGAAUGGCUGGUAAACUGCGAUAUUUGGACAGCCGUGAAGACGAACAGUUGAGAGGCAUUACGAUGAAGUCAAGUGCAAUAUCUCUGCAGUAUACAGAAGCUGACAAGGAUUACUUGGUCAAUCUGAUUGAUUCUCCUGGUCACAUUGACUUCUCCAGUGAAGUAUCCACAGCCGUGAGGCUCUGUGAUGGGGCGAUAGUAGUGGUCGAUGCAGUCGAGGGAGUCUGUCCACAGACGCAUGCUGUUCUUCGCCAGGCCUGGCUUGAGGAUAUCAAACCUGUCCUCAUCAUCAACAAGAUUGACCGCCUCAUCACCGAGUUGAAACUAACUCCGCUCGAGGCCCAUCAGCAUCUUCUGCAGAUACUGGAACAGGUGAAUGCGGUCACAGGCGAAUUGUUUGCUACAAAUAUCUACGCUAAGAAUGCAGAGAAAGAUACUCCUGCAAGUCCGUCAACACCAAAGAAUUCAGAAGAGAAGCUGUAUGACUGGAACGUUGGUUUUGAUGACACAGACGACUCUCAACUCUAUUUCUCACCAGACCUUGGCAAUGUGGUCUUUGCCAGUGCUAUUGAUGGCUGGGGUUUCAGCGUGAAUCAGUUUGCUGCAAUCUUUGCCAAGAAACUUGGUGUCAAAGCUGAGAUCAUGCAGAAGACACUUUGGGGUGAUUUUUACAUCAAUAACAAGACAAAAAGGAUCAUGAAAGGGGCUCAGGCGAAGGGGAGAAAACCCUUGUUUGUCCAAUUUGUGUUGGAAAACCUCUGGGCAGUGUAUGAUGCUGUCUGUAUAAAUAGAGAUAAGGUCAGGAUGGAGAAGAUCGUGAGCUCGUUGAAUCUGAAAGUGAACAGUCGCGAUCUGAGUCACUCUGACCCGAAGGUGCCCUUGUUGGCAAUAUGUAAACAGUGGCUCCCUCUGUCAGAUGCUGUAUUAAGUAUGGUAGCCAACAAGUUGCCCAGUCCUAUCAGUAUAUCAGGUGAACACAUUGAGAAACUCAUGUGCAGUAGUCUCAGGCGCUUUGAUUCACUUCCACAAGAAACACAGAAACUCAAAAAUGAUUUCAUGGCGUGCAGCCCAUCAGGUGAUGCCCCUGUCAUAGUGUUCAUAUCCAAAAUGUUUCCUGUCGAUCGUAAGACCCUUCCUAAGAAUCGCUCGCGUCCGCUGACACAAGAGGAGUUGGCUGCGAGGAGAGAGCUGGCGAAGACCAGGCAUGCGGAGAGAAUGGCCGAGAGAGAGGCUGCGAUGGAGAAAGGAGACAAUCAGAAAGAAGAUGAACUGGCUGCCGAGAAUGGUACUGCAUGUAUUCCGAUGGUGAACGAGACUCCAGUCCAGGAAACUGGCCAAACCUUUGUUGCCUUUGCCAGGAUCUUCAGUGGUACACUGAAGAAGGGCCAGAAGCUAUAUGUACUUGGACCCAAACAUGAUACGAGGAAAGCUUUAGAAGAGUUGAGAGCUGGUGGUAGCAUUGAUGAAUCGGUCACCCUGAAAGAUCUGAGCCGAGAUCAGCACAUCACUUGUAUCAAUGUUUCAGACCUGUACAUGUUCAUGGGCAGGGAGCUAGAGGCACUCCAAGAAGUUCCUGCUGGAAAUAUCCUUGGUAUUGGUGGUCUGGAGGAACACAUCCUGAAGUCAGCUACUCUGUCCAGUACAGUAGCAUGUCCAGCUUUCACCGAGAUGCACUUUGAAGCCAAACCAAUUGUGAGGGUAGCUGUUGAGCCGAAGAAGACUUCCUGUCUUGGCCAGCUACUCAAAGGCCUCAAGCUGCUGAACCAGGCUGACCCAUGUGUGGAGACACUACUACAGGAGACGGGAGAACACGUCAUCAUAGCUGCUGGGGAGGUUCAUUUACAAAGAUGCUUGGAUGAUCUCAGAGAAAGGUAUGCUCAAGUUGAAAUCAAUGUAUCGCCCGCCAUAGUCCCGUUCCGAGAGACUGUGGUUGACCCACCAAAGCUUGAUAUGGUGAAUGAAGCCAUCGAAAAGGAGCCAAAUCAACCCAAGAGAAGUGGAGAGGAGCAAGAGGAAGCUGACGGCCUUGUAGAGAUGAAAACAUCAGAUAAAACCUGUGCAUUGAAAAUACGAGCCCUGCCGCUACCACCUGGUGUUACGAGACUAUUAGAUGAGAAUAUGGACUUGAUAAGGACCAUGGAUCAGUACACUUGGUUCUCAGAAAAAUGUGUCUUGCAGAAAGGGUCACGGUUAGCAGAGGAGGCAAUCAAAAUGGUGGUUGAUUUCAAAAAGAAGUUGGAGGCAGUGUUUGAAGACGGUGGUGAUUCUUGGAAGGGUGCUGCAGAUCGGAUAUGGGCGUUUGGUCCCAGACGUUGUGGACCAAAUAUUCUGUUAAAUCGAAUUGAAGGUUACAAUCGACCGUCAGUCUGGGCGUGCAUUGAAGAGAAAUCCAGUGUUCCACUUCGAGAAUAUGAUGGUAGUGUUGUGAGUGGAUUUCAAUUGGCCACGUUAUCUGGUCCGCUGUGUGAGGAGCCUCUGAUGGGGGUUUGCUUUGCCUUGGAAGGCUGGGAAGUGGAGACAGAAACUGUCACCGAUAUCUCAGAACCGGGAGAUCUUUCUUGUGUGCUGUCCAAGGUGACUCUAGAUGAAGUUUGUCAAUGUGAAACAGACUCUGACGAAGCUGUUAUUUCUGAACGGAAUAUAUGUGCCAUGUGCUCUAGGCCGUUAAAAUCUCAUCCUUUAGAACCGAAGAAUACGGAUGAAGAUGACAAAAUGUCUCAAGUGUCAUCGACGGGGACGAGCAUGUCUAGAAAACAUUCCUAUGGACCAUUUACGGGGCAGCUGAUGACAGCAGUGAAGAAUGGUUGUCGGAGAGCUUUCCAGGUGCAGCCCCAGCGACUUAUGGCUGCCAUGUAUACAUGUCAGAUACAGGCUUCAGCUGAUACUUUAGGCAAGUUGUAUGCAGUCCUUGGUAAGCGUGGAGGACGUAUACUCAGUGAAGACCUCCAGGAAGGCUCUCAGAUGUUCAGUAUCGAAGCCGUCCUACCAGUUGUGGAGAGUUUCGGGUUUGCUGAAGAAAUCCGGAAGAGGACCAGUGGUCUGGCCAGUCCUCAACUCAAGUUUAGUCACUGGGAGGUGGUUGAUAUCGAUCCAUACUGGGAGCCGAGGACAGAGGAGGAGUUACUCCACUUUGGUGAGAAGGCAGACUCUGAGAACCAGGCACGGAAAUACAUGAAUGAUGUGAGGCGACGCAAGGGACUGAAAGUGAAGGAACAGCUGGUGAUGCAUGCAGAGAAACAAAGGACAUUAAAAAAGAAUGUUUAGCAUGUUAAGACCUCUGUUUUCUAUAUAUUGGCAAAUUUGAUAAGUCUUUUAGGUGUGUGAUGAUUGAUUCUGUAUGGUUAUCAAAAUCACGAUAAAUUCCAUUGACUUGAA